AUGAGCGGCCCGUGCAUCUCCAUUAGACUGGUGGCCCUCAUGUUUCUAUGGAAGUGGUUAACACUAAGCCUGCUCCAGAGCUGGGUGUCAGUGGGGGCCAGGGCAGCCGACCCUGGAGGGGCUGGCUUCAGUGGUGCCACCGGGCCCCUGGGCUGGCUCCUAUCGGACAAGGGUCCUUUUCACCACUCCCAGGAGUUUGUUGAUUUCACAGAGCGCUACCAGCAAGGAUUCACCACCAAGUACAAGAUAUACAGGGAGUUUGGCCGCUGGAAGGUGAACAGCCUGGCCCUGGAGAGACAGGAGAACAAUGGCUUUGCCCUGCCUCUGGACCCCGAGUUCCUCCAGACCAUCAGGCAGCUGGGCAGGAGGCCCAGUCUCAGCGCCAUCACCGACAGCAUUAUCAGGAAAUACGGAACCCACUUCCUGCUCUCCGCUACUCUUGGAGGGGAAGAGUCAUUAAUGAUCUUUGUGGACAAGCGGAAGUUGAGCAGGACGGCUGAAGUGAGUGAAUCCAAUGGAACAGCUGUGACUCUGGAAGCUCUGCACCAGCUGGCUGCCUCCUACUUCAUUGACAGGGAGAGCACCCUGCGCAAGCUGCACCACAUCCAGAUCGCCUCCACUGCCAUCAAGGUGACCGAAACAAGGACGGGCCCUCUCGGAUGCAGUAACUAUGACAACCUCGACUCUGUCAGCUCCGUUCUGGUUCAGAGCCCUGAAAACAAGAUUCAUUUGCAAGGCCUCCAGGCCAUACUGCCAGAGUAUCUCAGGGCCAGGUUCGUGCAGGCGGCUCUCAGCUAUAUUGGAUGUAAUGAGGAGGGCCAGUUUGUGUGCCGGGACAAUGACUGCUGGUGCCAGUGCAGUGUGGACUACCCCCAGUGUAACUGCCCUGAGGUGGAUCUGAGGGCCAUGGAGGCCAGCUUGCUGCACAUCAGAGAUUCCUGGAACAUGGCCAACCAAGACUUUGAGGAGUCAGAUGAAUUUCAAAACUUCGUUCGGAGGCUCCCCACGUUCUACGCCCUGAACACGUCGGCCAUCCAGUACUUUUGGAAGAUGGAGCCGGCUGUUCAUCAGCGCUACAGGCAGCUGGAGCUCAGCACCCAGCAGCUCGUGAGCAAAGCCCGCCGCAUCGUCAACAAACUCUUCACUCUCAGCAAAAGGUGUCGAACACAGCCCAAAAUUAUUAUGCUGAGAGAGAGGCCCUUCAGCUACUGGCUGAACUACAUCCUCUCCAUCAUGUACUGCAGCGAGAACAACCACAUUGGCUCCUACCUGGAGGAGACCAGGAGCUGCUCCUGCCCUUACGAACACCCGCCCUGCCAGGGCGUGAUCCCCUGCAUGGUGGGCGAGGGCACUUCCUGUGCCUCCUGCUCCUAUGAGAAUCGUUCCCGCUGCGCCACCUGCAACCAGGGCUACAUGCUGAGCCAGGGUCUGUGCCGCAAUGAAGUGCCCGACUCCACAGACCACUACAUCGGCUUCGAGACAGACCUACAGGACCUGGAGCUGCGCUAUCUGCUGCAGAAACGUGACAACCGCAUCAGCAUUCACGGGAUCUUUGUCAGCAACGACGUCAGGCUGAAUAACUGGUUCGACCCAUCUUGGAGGAAGAGGAUGCUGCUGACGCUGAAGAGUAACAAGUACAAGUCGAACCACGUGCACAUGCUGCUGGGGAUGUCUCUACAGAUCUGCCUUACCAAGAACAGCACUCUGGAGCCCAUGCUGUCUGUCUAUAUCAACCCGUUUGGGGGCAGCCACUCAGAAAGCUGGAUCAUGCCCAUCGACCAGAACAGCUACCCAGACUGGGAGAGGACUAAAUUAGACCUUCCCUUGGACUGUUACAACUGGACGUUAACUUUGGGCAACAAGUGGAAAACCUUUUUCGAGACGGUCCACUUUUAUCUACGGAGUCGAAUCAAGGGACCCUCGGGUAACGGCAACGGGACGGUCUAUUAUGAACCCUUGGAGUUUCUGGAACCGGGACGGAACCUAGGCUACAUGAAGAUCAACAGCAUCCAGGUGUAUGGUUAUAGUAUGCACUUUGACCCGGAAGCGAUCCAGGACCUGAUUUUACAGCUGGACUACCCAUAUACUCAGGGAUCGCAGGAUUCGGCCCUGCUGCAGCUGCUGGAGAUCCGGGAUCGGGUCAACAGGCUCUCCCCGCCUGGACCCCAGCGCCUGGACCUCUUCUCCUGCCUGCUUCGGCACCGACUCAAACUGUCCACCACAGAUGUUGUCAGAAUCCAGUCAGCGCUGCAGAUUUUCAGUGCCAAACAGCCCAACUCAAUGGAAUAUGAAACAACCAAAUUAUGUAGUUAAUAAGUGGGCAAUUGUCCAGGUGCACAGAUGGCUGUGCAGCCAUUACGCUGGCCUGAUAACGGCUAAGAGCAAUUCUGGAUCAGCGCGAGAGACAUUUGGGGGACGUUGUCAUUGUCAUUAUGGAUCUCAAGAGUGCGUUUGAGAUUCUCAUGUCAGCUUUCGUAUGAAUUUGUACAACAUCGUAGAAUUAAGGAGGAUUUCACGCCACCUAUGUCACAGUUUGUUUUUUCUGAUAAAACUUAAAUAACUUUGACAGUUAUGAAUAUCAAGUUAAAACUCGAUCAUCACUGACAUGUUGCCUAUGUGCUGACGUUUGUAGAUUGCACAGAUUUUAACCACUUACAGUACAUACGUAAACAAAAGCUUUUGCCGAUGAAGUAUUAUCCAAGCAAUGUAAACAUUUCACAAUAUCAACAUUUCUACACCAGCAUGUUUUUUUUUUGUUUGUUUGUUUGUUUGUUUUGCCCAUCACAUUUAUUUUCCACGUGCAAAAUGAGUAUUUUUUACUGCCAUGGUCGUCCCUUUUAAACUAGGACAUAAUGGACAAAUCAUUGCUUUCAAUUUUUCCAUAAAACAACAAAAUCUCUUUUUUUAAUUUAUAUCACACAUUUUUGUAAAAAAAAAAAAAAAAAAAGAAAGAAAAAAGAUUUAAAAAAAGACGCUAUAUUACUCCAGAUUUGCUGAGACACAAAAUACACCAUGAUCACACUGUAUGUUACAUGUGCUUUUAUUUUUAUAAUACUGUUGUUUGUGAAGCAAAAGUUA